AUGAGUUGCAGCCAAACAAUUCCGGAAGAAUUUAAAAAAAGAAAUGGAAUUAUAAAUUAUAUCAACUUUAUGAAAGAUUUGUUCCCCAGCGAAUUAGCCUUUCCUGUUAAAGAGAAUUGCCUGAAAGAGUAUCUUACUCGCCAAGUUGAGAAAGUUGAGGCGGGUAAUUUGCAAGCCAGGCAACUCGCAAUCGGACAAUCUUCCGUCACUGAUCGUAAUCAGUUUAAUAUACAAGAAAGCGCCACACCAAAUGAUGCACGCUCUUCUCUCUCACAUGGAAUUAAUACCUCGAAUAUCAAUUCUCUUCCUACCGGCAUUGAUUUUUAUACCCAACUGCAAUCUGAACAAUAUUAUACACAUUCAUAUAAUAUAAAAUUAGUGAAGCAAGCAAUUGAUGCUCUGGGACUAAUUUCUAAUGCACAUAGAAGAAUAGUUUCUAACCAUUUGUCUAAUUCCCAUAUUAAUAUGCGAGAAUUGAUAAGGGAAAUGUCUGAUGCGUGGAAACACAUUUCUGAGGCAGAUAAAAAAUUUGAUCAUUUAUUUCGGUUUACUUUAACCGAAUAA